UUGCCGGUGAUUAGUGGCAGAAGUUUCCCCGAGUCCGAGCAAACGAAAUGCGUACAUUUGUUUGCCUUGCCCUGGCGGCCAUUCUCCUGGUCGCCGGCACUUCAGCGGCCACAUAUGAUGCGGCUGCCCAGCUUUUAGAUGUGGAUGCAGGUGUCCAAACACCGUUGGCCGCUCGGCAGGUUCGUCAAUUUGGAGGUCCAGGAGGCGGCUAUGGAGGCUUUGGAGGCGGAAGACCGGGAGGCGGCUAUGGAGGAUUUGGAGGCGGCUUCGGAGGACCAGGAGGUGGCUUCGGACGACCAGGAGGUGGCUUCGGAGGACCAGGAGGUGGCUUCGGAGGACCCGGCGGCUUCGGAGGACCAGGAGGCGGCUUCGGAGGACCUGGCGGCUUCGGAGGACCAGGAGGUGGCUUUGGAGGCUUCCGAGGCUAAAUAGCAACCAGCAAUCAUCUGUGACUGACUUAGCUUAACUCACUAGAAAUAGAAUGUGUAAUCAAAGUGCAAUCAAGCACG